AGCAUCCUAUAUAGUUCUAAUACAACACCAAACGAAAUGGCACUAGAACUGGCGGCAAAAGUGGAGCAUGUACUAAGAUCGGUAAGAUCAACUACCGUAUAAUAUUAUAUGCAAGUGUUUUUGGCGAUUUGGCAAAUCAGGUGAGGUUUUCCAAAUUUGUCAAAAUAAAAAAAAAAUGUUGUCAAAUAUAGCGUACACUAUAAGCAAUUUCCAAAUGUGUAGCAAGCCGUGCAGAGCAGAAUCGGAAUAACUAUUUCUGAGGUUGUUCUCGGAGGAUCAGUGGCUUAUGGAACCGCAGUCCAGGGGAACUAUGAUGUGGAUUUGGUUGCAUUCUCACCAAGUCUUCACCCAAAACAAGGGAAAGUGUCUGAAGAUGGGUACAGCACAAUACUAGCCAAACUCAAGAUAUACCUUCUAUAUAGAGCACCUAACUGGGAGAUAUGUACCCCAAGAAAUGGAGAAGCAAUUUCAUGGUUGGCGCUUUACUGCUAACUACUUGCAAGUUGAUUUGCAGAUCAGCCCUCAAUGGGAGGACCCUAACCUGGAAGACAUGUAUUCCUACAUGAGAGACAUGCAUCCGGACAGGAGAAUCUUGUUUUCUUGUGGAACAGCCAAGUACAAAAACUCCUUAAUGGAGGGCCAGCCGAGAAGGGCAAAGAUACUUAUCAAAAGAAUCAAAGUGUGGAGAGACUCCAUUUGGGAUGGAAAAGUCAAUGGAUGCCCAAAGUCUUUCUUUCUUAGCAUUCUUGUGCUCAUCUCCUAUCAUCGAGCUCCACAGCAUCUACUCAGUGAUGCAACUCCAUUGAAAACCCUUGCAAAAUGGGUGGCAAGAGAUAUACAGGAACUUGUGCAACAUAUUCGAAUGGACCCAAACCUGGACCUCCAUGUUCCCGGGGAGAACCAAGUGAUUAUGAGAAAGUAUAGUCACUGCCUUCCUGACAAGCCACGCAUCAUCGACCCGGUCAACCCCUUCAAGAACUUCUACAAACAGGGUCUCUGUCAGAUUGAGCCUCAAAAGAGCGACUGCAAGGCACGAGUGACAGUUACUAUAGGCACGGACGAGUGAUAAUCAUCAGUAUCCAUGGGAUAAUGCUUAGCAACCAAAAUGCAGGUUAAAUCUGCGCAUGCGCGACAUGCGAUUGCUUUGUCAACCUGAAGGAUGUGUAUAUAGCAACAAAAUAGAGUUUCUCCCAGUUGAAGACGAGUUUAAGAGAAAGAAGACGGCUAGCUAAAAGACAAAGAAAUAAGACUCUAUAUAGAACACCAGGAGAGCUUGCAGAAGGCUACUAAAAGAUUUGUAGAGAAG